UAAAACUUGUAAUUAUUUUUAUACAUAUAUCUAUAUUUGAGUCGUGCCGCGCUUAGAUAUAAUUUUUGUUGACUAUUAAAAGCAAAAUUGUAAAACCAAAAUUAUUCUCACGAAAUUUGAGAUAGUCCCUAAACUGAAAAAUGCUAACGACCUUGUAUUUCAAGUCAACGAAAAACUGCUCUUGGGGCGUGCCGCGCUUAAAUUUAAUAUAAGUUAUGCUAGAAAUUAAAAUUCAAAAGGUCAAAAUGAUUUUUGAAGCAAUCUAAAUAGUCCGCAGUACAUGACCUAUGUAACUUUGACCUGAGGUCACUCUGCAAAUUGACCGUGCCGCGCUUAGAUUUUACCCUCAUUGAAUUGGGAAGGUCAAAUUGUAUAGUCGAAAUCAUUUUUGAGUCAUUCUGAGUAGUCCGCAGACCAUUUAUUUCGAAUAUGAAUCUGAAUCCGAAUAUGUUCGGCGAACUAGGCGGACUCAUUUGACCACGCGGCAAGUCAUUUCAAGUCAUUUGACUCCUGGCGCUGGCAUUGUCUCAGCAUCAAGAUGUCAUUUGAGAAGAGGCUGGAGGAUGUGAUUUUGAGGCUGUUUGAUGUGCAGGGAGUCAAGUUUGGACAGUUCACUCUGAAGAGUGGACUGGUCUCCCCCAUAUACUUUGACCUCAGGGUAGUAGUCAGCUACCCUGAGUUGAUGGAGGAUGUGGCUGACCUGCUGUGGGAGUGCCGCCCCAAGGACGCCCAGUUCACCUCGGUGUGUGGAGUGCCAUACACUGCCCUGCCUAUGGCCACCAUAGUAGCCACCAAACAGAAGCUGCCGAUGCUGAUCAGAAGGAAGGAGGAAAAGUCCUACGGCACCAAGAGGCUCAUCGAGGGCCACUUUAAGGAGGGCGACAACUGCUUCAUCAUCGAAGACGUCAUUGUCAGCGGCUCCAGCGUCUAUGAGACGGCCGUGUCGCUGCGCGGCUGUGGCCUGGAGGUGACCCACGCAGUGGUGUUCAUGGACAGACAACAGGGCGCCACCAACAACCUCAAGAACCUGGGAGUCACCAUUAAAUCGGUGUGCGACAUGGAAUCGAUGCUGAAGAUCCUUCUGAGGAACAAGAAGAUCACCGAGGCGCACGUGGACUCUGUGAACAGGUUCCUGAAGGAGAGCCAGGAGACCAUCAUCAGGAAACAGCCCGCAGACGGCGCCCCUGAUAAGGAGUCUGUGGGCCGCCUCUCGAUGUCGUUCGGUGACCGGGUAGCCACCACCUCGCAGCCGCUGGUGCGCCGCCUCCUCCGACUGAUGGAGGAGAAGCGCACCAACCUGUGUGUGGCCGCCGACCUGGGCACGGCGCGGGACGUACUCCAGCUGGCUGAGAAGGUGGGCCCGCACAUCUGUCUGCUGAAGACACACGUGGACUCUAUCUCCGACUUCACGGCCGAGUUUCCCAAACAGCUGACCGAGCUGGCCGAGCGGCACAACUUCCUCCUCUGCGAGGACAGGAAGUACGGCGACAUCGGCAGCACGUCUGCCGACCAGUACUCCUCUGGUCUGUUCUCCGUGAGCAACUGGGCGCACCUGGUCACCGUGCACGCGUUGCCAGGCGACGGCCAGCUGACGGCGCUUUCCGACCGUGCCGCCGGCGCCGAGCGCGGCGCCCUGCUCGUGGCCGAGAUGUCCUCCAAAGGGUGUCUGGUGCAGCCCGCAUACACCGCCGCGGUGGUGAAGAUGGCCGAGGCGCACCCGUACUUUGCCUGCGGCUUCAUCGCCCAGUCGUCGGUGACCUCCGACCCGCGGUUCCUGGUGCUGACGCCCGGCGUGAGCCUGGUCUCCACGGCAGACGGCCACGGCCAGCAGUACAGCUCCCCGGAGAGAGCCGUGGGGGAGAGAGGGGCCGACGUGGUGAUCGUGGGCCGCGGCGUCACCCGCGCAGAGGACCCGGCCGCCGCCGCCCGCGAGUACGCGCAGAGGGCGUUCGGUGCCUACCUGCAGAGGCUGAAGUAGCGGGAGAGUGGGAGGGAGAGACGGCAGAGGAAGAGAAGGAGAAGAAGAGAGUGCUUUUUGAGUGAGAGCAGCUGGGUAGGGAACCAAUUGAGCGGAAGAUAGAGUUAAAAUGGGCAUCUUUUCUGAAUGUUUGAGAGCAAUGUGACAAAAUGCUCAAAACCAGGCUGUCGUGUCAUUCCCAUUAACUGGAGCUAAUUGUUUUGUUGUUACCGUCAUCGCCAAAAAGGGAAUGAGCACAAGUAUGUGUCUAUAUAGUGAAAUCAGCUGUUUGGCCUGCAUCUUUUUACAACAGCAAGGUGGUAUUGGAGAUUCAGAAAAGUUACUCGUAUCAGAUAUACUUAGGGCAUUGCAUAGGGGUAGUGUGAUGAAGUCAGAUGUUUGAAACGCUGUGACGCCGCUGUAAAUAAGCAGAAGUGGUAACGAGGGUGCAAUCUCGUCACAGUUGUAACUUUAUUCCGGCAAGCUGCCCCGCCUGUCCCGGGGCUGCGUCAUAGAGCGUCUUGGACUGAGUUUGGGAAACGUGUGGACUGUGAGGCUGCCGUGCAUUUAGAAUGGCUUGGAGAAGCGGCUCACAGUGACCAUGUAGAAAGGCUUGGUGUGUUCGCCAGUUGUGUUUUAUCUGGAUGUGCAAUUGUAUCAGGCCUUUGCUAAGGGCGUGAGAUCCCAACAUUCCGUACCCGAACGUUAUUCCAUUGUUAUUCCAUGAUUACCCCAUUGUUAUUCCAUGACUACUCCACUGUUAUUCCGUAUUAUCGACCCAGGGCUUGGUUUCGCAAAGCGAUUCAAUAACAUGCGUCAUUUUUGUUCCUUUCUCGUUUUUUUUUUUCAGUCUUUCUGGUUAAAGUAAAUAAAUUUGUCACAAAAUACAAUCCUCAUAUCCGUCAUAGAUACGUUGGCAAUUAAAUGUAAAAAGUUUGUUGUCGAAUCGCUGUAUGCAACUUGGCCCCGGUGCCAUGCAUUAUCCCGCCAUACGUGCACCACCGAUUAUAAGUGUCGUGUUAGUUUUUUCACAGUCGUUUUGUUGUAAGGAUACUGUAAGCACAAGUUGAUAAAACAUUGACAUUCAUGACUCGCCACUCAAGGUACAACAAUCGUGCCAUUUCCGAACAGUUCAGGGCCGCUUGCUCUUCGCCGACUUGAUCCAGUGCAUCGUGAUGAACGUGGUGCGAUAUGACCACAAACACGGGACUGGCCUCCCGUAGGAAUCUCGUGUGUGUCUGGCCUUCACGUUGCUGACUGCGUGUCGUUCCAGCUUUGAUGCACUCUCUGCGUCUAUUGCUGUUCGACUUGUAGUCACUGUGUAUGCGUGCGGCCAAUUUGAUGAGGGUUAUGGGUUUGCGACAAGGUGUACGUAUUUGACGUCCGUUCAUGAAAUCGGCCGUUGUUUGUUGGGAACAAUGUGGUGGUUCCAUCGAGCACAUUGUGGUGAAUCCACAACUAGCCCACCAGCGUAUUACCAUGACCGCUCCAGAAAUGUCGGAAUUAAACAGUGCCAGUGUUCAUGCUUUCGGCGUUUCGCAGCCAGUUCGAGCCAGGAAACUAUUUGAUACCAUGUUUACGAGCAUGCCAUGAUUUGUAUCGCAGAAUGCUUAUCUCAAAGCAUGUGCCUUAGCGAAAGUGAGGUCUGAUGUCUACCCAGUAUGUGUAGCUGAAUGAAAAUACAUAUGUAGACGAGUAA